GUCUUCGUGGUGAGGUUUGAAACCACUAACUCGGUUGUACACUUAUCACCAUGGUGAACCUGCGUAGUGGGAAGAGCACUGGCCCCUAUACCGCUGAGCAGCAAGAAAAGAUGGCCGCCGUAGCCAAAGAGAAUAGGGAGAGGAAAGAGCGUGAGAAGCAAGCGAAGCUAAAGGCUAUCGCAGACGAGCAGGCGGCGAAGCUAAAGGAAGUGGAGGAGGAGAUGAAGAAGAAGGAGAAGGCUGCUGAAGAAGAAGCGGCAGCAGAAGAGGCAAAAGAAAUGAUGAGGAUUGAAAGCGAAGAAGGAAGUAGUGGCACGAAGGAGGACACAGACGCGGAGAUUGAAAAGAAGAUCAGUGAGUGGGUUGCUAACUUAUCGUUGGGGGAAGACGAAGAGGCGGAGUCAUACGUGACUUAGGAUGAGAAGGCCGCAUUGACCGUUGAGCUAGCAACCAUG